UUUCUGUAUAGUGACUUUAGUCAAAACAGAAACAUUUUACUAUUUGUCGACAACGCACCUUCACACCCCAAGGUCAACUUGAGUAAUAUCAAAGUACAAUUUUUGUCGGCUAAUACAACGUCUGUCACACAACCAAUGGAUCAGGGGAUAAUCCAGACAGUAAAACUCAAGUUCAGAAAACGUCAGUUACAACAUAUGAUACCCGGUAUGGAGCAACAUCCAGCUAUGCAGGGCAGUGAGCUUCUAAAACAAAUAACAAUCUUAGAUGCAAUUUACUGGCUAAGCAAUUCAAGGUCAGAAGUCGAGAGAAGCACAAUUGUAAAAUGUUUUUUAAAAGCUGGAUUCAGUGUUUCUGUUACUGGUGUUGAUGCCAAUGACGAUGAUGAUGAGGAUGAUGAUGUCCCCUUAGCAGUAAUGCAAAAGUCACACGAGCUUUUUGGGUGCGAUUAUAAAGACCUCACCAGAAUUGACGAAGAAUUGUUAACAUGCAAAACACGAAAUUCAAACUGGGAUGCACCAAUUGAAACUUUACUUUCACAAUUUAUACCAGAAAAUUGUGCUUUCUCUGCCGGAAUUGAUGGUGAUGAUGAUGACAGUGAUGACAAUGAUAAUGAUUCAUCAGUAAAUGUACCGACUUACUCUGAGGCUUGUGACUUUGUUAAUAAACUUAAAACUUUUGCGGUCAGUUUAGGAAAUCAGACAUUGGUUGAUAACAUUGUCAAAUUUGAUGAUGAGCUGUGCAACGAGAUCUUGAACAAACCGAAACAAACACAGAUUACUGAUUUCUUUGAAAAGAGAACAGUGUAAUUUAAUAUUUCAAGUCACCACGAGAUAAUGCAUUUAAUAUGAAUUUUAAUUAGUGUUACCAAGAGACAAUGCAUUUGAUGUGAAUUUUAAUUAGUGUAUAGAUAGUUGAACUUUAUCUAGUGAUACAUUUUUUAUUUUUUUAACUCCAUUUAACUGU